CUGACUUUGAAGCCUUUAACAAGCAGCCCUCAUAGUGAUUUUAAAGAUAGAAGAAAAUGUAUUUACAACGUUUCUUUAAAAGCCUCAUUCUGUGAUCCUAUGAGCUUUUCUGCUGGAAAGCAGGAAGCCCGGCUAUCUCGGCUUACUACUCAGAGCAAUUUUUAUCACAGAUCUGCUGCUGCUUUUCAACAGUCCUCAUCAGGCAACUUUGCAAAUGCAUCUGAUGAUGAAAGUCAGCUGAACGACAUGCUUUCUUAUAGACCAGCCACUGGCACACUUGUCUCCUGUUUUAAGAAGGCAGUUCAUAUGUCAUCUGAGGAACAAGCAAGUGACCAAACUGACCUAGAACCACAUAAUAGUGAGGGUAAAUUGGAGUCUGAAAAGUGUACAGAGUUUGAUUCAGAUGUUUCCCAAUUGGUUGCAAAUCUACAUUGUGCCAGAGAUAUGCAGGAAAUGAGAAUACGAAAGAAACAAAGGCAGAGAAUUAAACCGCACCCAGGAUCAUUGUAUCUGCUAAAAGCCUCUUCUGCAGACAGAAUUCCAUUGGUGUCAGCAGUACAAGGAAAGCUGCCUACAGUGUACACAAAGGCACAGUUGUACAGGUUUGGCAUUUUGAAAAAACACAUUGGAAUCAACAGUGAGACAGCCAAAAUGUUUGACUUCCAUUGUCUGGAUUAUUUCACAAAGAGCUGUCUGUCUAGUGGUGGCGUGCAGAUCGCAGAUGGUGCCUGGCUGGUACCUUCUGAUAAACUGACUGCCGGCAAGGAGGAGUUCUACAGAGCUCUGUGUGAUACCACAGGCGUGGAUCCGAAGCUGAUCUCUUCA